GAUCAAGCGCUGGCAUAAGUGUGUUGCAGUCGAUGGGGAUUACUUUGAAGGGGACAAUAUAGAUUUAGAUGAAUAAACUUGUAUAUUUAAUUUUCUGAAUAAAUUCCGGGAACUUUUUGAUCAAGGUGGUAGGUACAUUGUCUGAAUCUACAUCAAAUGUGAAUUAUACAAUUGAAUUUUCUUUUAGCUGAUAACUUAAUUGGAAACUUGGAUGCAAGUGCAGAUCCAUGUGUUGACUUCUAUCAGUACGCGUGUGGUGGAUGGAUUGAAAAGAAUCCUAUACCUGACAACAAAGAGUAUAGUGAAUCGUACGACACUGCGAGAGGUGAAGUGCGAGAAAGAAUCAUAAACUUGAUACAGAAUGAAUCAAAUAUUAGUGAUGGACCCAAAUAUGCUUCACUGGUUGGAAAAGUAUACAAGAGCUGUUUAGAUAAAGAAGAAAGAAAUAAUGUUGGUAUCUAUCCAUUGAAAAAACUUGUAAACCAAUUUGGUGGUUGGCCAAUGCUGAAUGAUCAAUGGUCUGAAGAGGGUUACGUAUGGUACCGCCAUCUGGCGGAAGUAAACCGGGGGCUUUUUAAAGACAUCAUAUUUGAUUUUGAUUUCUUACCAUUUCUAAAUAACAGUGAGGAGUACAUUAUAAAGCUCAACAAGGGUAAGUGUCUGUUUGACAGCAUAUGGUUCAGAACUGAUGAAAAUUCUACGACGAACUACACGGACGCUGCAAGAACAUAUAUAGUGGGAUUUGCCUUACUUCUCGGUUCAGAGCGAGACCUAAGUUCUUUAGAAGCGGAAGCAGAUGCCGUCAUUGAUUUUGAUUAUAAGAUACAUAAAACCGUAGAUUUGGAAUAUUAUCCGAGUAUGUACUCCAUAAAAAUGGAAGAGAUUAAUUCAUGGGGUAAUGGAACUAUAUCUUAUCUGGAUUAUAUUAAUUUUCAUCUGCCAGAAGAUUAUCCUGCAGAUAACAAUACAUAUUUGUACAUGAAAAUGCUGGAUUACUUCGAAUACAAUCUUCCAGAAGUUAUUUUAGGAGCCAAUACUAAGACAAUAGCAAAUUAUAUUAGCUUUUAUAUGGUCUCAACUUUUUCGAAGUUUGCUUCUGAAGAUCUGCUUACUUUAAGAAAUGAAUUUCUUUCAUCAAUUGGAAUUGAAUUUAAUAUGUCUGAUGAACAAGUGUGUAUGACACAUAUUAAAAGCUUCAUGCCAGAUGCCGUUGGAAGAAUGUAUAUUGACAACUAUUUUCCUCGCCUGACGGAAAUGCACGUACAAAAAAUGGUGGAUAUGAUAAAGCUUGCUUACAGCUCAACCUUAGAUCAGAAUGUCUGGAUGGACAAAAACACUCUUCUUUAUGCUUUGGUCAAAUUACAGAGUAUUGAAAUGGCAAUUGGCUAUAAUUCUUGGAUAUCUGACGAUGGAUUAUUAAAUAAACACUAUGAGAAGGUUGAACGAGUGAAAGAUAAUGGUUAUCUUAAUGUUAUUAUUGCAUUUUAUGAAACAUUGAGUGAAAAUUCCUAUGGAAGAUGGAACCGAACUGUUAAAAAAUAUGAAGUAUAUGAUGAAGAACCUCUUUACGUUAUAAAUGCUUUUUACGGUCCUCAAGCAAAUUUUAUGUUGCCAUCAAUUAUGGAGCUAUUGGAACUGUCAUAGGACAUGAAAUGAGCCAUGCGUUUGAUGAUACAGGUAGCAUUUUUGAUCACAAGGGCAAUCUUAGGAAUUGGUGGACAAAGACAACAAAAGAAAAAUUCCUGGAAAAAGCCGAUUGUUUUUCAAAACAAUACGAAGAAAGUGAUUCUUGGCUGCCUUUUGCU